AUAAAUCAUUGUGCAUCUGCUUGCAGAAGAAGAAGGGAACCCUGAAGUCUCAAGAGAAGAAGGAGAAGUGGGAGAAGCAAGUGGUGAAGAGGCAAAGAGAGAUGGAGAACGGUGUUGCUGUGGAUGUCCCGGAAAACGGCUUCAACGACCGCAGCUCCAGUGUGGGACCAGAGCAGGACGGCGGCAAGGAACGAGCAAAGAAGAAGACGACGUACUCGAGGAAGAACAAGCAGAUGAAGGUGUUGGGGGUCUGCCCAGGGAGGAACAGCGGGAGAGAGGCCCUGCAGGAGUGGAACGGGCCCCAGAGAAGUGACUCCAGAGAGCCCCUCAGCGAGAGCUCCGCGCAGUCUCUGUCCGGCCACGGCUACUCGUGUGACAGCGAGAGUGACAUCGAUGACAAGGCUUCGGAUGUAGGAUCAGAGAAACUCUUCUCGCCCACCGCACAGAAAGGUGUGACAACGAAUGAGAGCCUCGACCCACGGACCUACAGCUCUGCCAAAGUCUCUGGGCUCCAGCGCAGCCAGGAGCAGAGUAGUGACACCCCCUACGGGCCCACCCUGCCCGGCUCCCCGGCCCCGACUGUCGUCUCGGCACCUCCGCCCCCUGCAGUCCGGGCCGGCUCCCCGGUGCCGCUGCCCGUCAAAAAGGAGCCUGUGCCCCCAGGCCCCGCCCCUCCCCCUCCAAAAGUCCAGCCACAGCCCUUGCCAGAGCUCCGGGCUCCGCCCCCCCAGCGCCACACACCUCCUUUAGCCAGUCACACGGGGCGCCCCCUAUCACAGUACAGUCUUCACGCUCUCAGUCGCGGCGGAGGCAGUGUCAGCGGCGUGGGCCUCCCCAGGCAGCACCCCCCCACCCCCCACCUCAGUGGGCUGGUGCCCCCGGCGCCCCCCCUGCCCCUAUCCAUCGCGGACCUGUCCUCCUCGCAUUAUUCCCUGCGAGCGGCGGCCCAUCGCCAUCCGGCCAUGUUCGCCACCCCCGCCACCCUGCCCCCACCACCCACUUUACCAGCCAACGGCCUCGGGCUUCCCGGACACCCCGCAGGAGCCGCUUACCCAGAGCAUGACCUCCUUCGGCAGGAGCUGAACAACCGCUUCCUGGUUCAAAGUUCAGAGCGGGGCCGGGGGCCCUCCGCCUCCCCGCUGGCCCCCGUGUCGCUCCUGAGGGCAGAGUUUCACCAACACCAGCACAUGCACCAGCACCAACACACCCACCAGCACACCUUCACGCCCUACCCCGCCAGCCUGCCCCCCGCGGCCGUCAUAGCACCGCCCACUGCACCCCCCAUGGUGCGUACCCCAGCCAGAAAUUUCGACAAGUACACCCCCAAACUGGACAACCCCUUCCUGAGGCAUUCCACUUUUUUCCCCUCAUAUCCCCCCACGAUGCCCGGUGUGGCCCCCCUGCUUCCUCAUUCAGGGCCCUUCAGCAGUUUGCAGGGGGCCUUCCAGCCCAAGGCCUCUAACCCCAUUGACGUGGCUGCCCGCCCCGGGGCUGUGCCUCACACCCUUCUGCAGAAGGACCCUCGGGUGACGGAUCCCUUCCGGACGCCUGUCAGAAAGCCCGGGAAGUGGUGCGCCGUCCACGUUCAGAUUGCCUGGCAGAUCUACCACCAUCAGCAGAAGAUGAAGCAAAUGCAGAUGGACUCCCAUAAGAUGGAGCUGAACGGGAAGCUGGACCUGUUCAGUCGCCCCCCUGGCCCUGGGGUGUUCCCUGGCUUCCCGUACCCCCACGACCUGGCUCGGCCACUCUUCUCCUCCACAGGAUCCGCCCAUCCUGCAGCCUCCCCUUAUGGCCCCUCCCCCCACCACAGUGGCUUCCUGCCCACCAGCCACCUGCCAGAUCCGUUCAGUCGCUCCAGUGCCUUUGGUGGCCUUGGCAACCUCUCAAGCAGUGCCUUCGGAGGACUGGGCAACCCCUCGCUCGGGUCCAACAGCAUGUUCGGUCACAAGGAAGGCACUGGUCUCCCCGGCUUUAGCAGCCCCCACCACGACACCUGGAACCGACUGCACCGCACCCCUCCUUCCUUCCCCACGCCCCCGCAGUGGCCCAAGGCCGGCGAUGUGGAGCGAGGCACUGGCUCCGCCCACGACCGGGAGCGCGAACGGGAAAGAGACAGGGAGCGGGACAAGCGGGACUCAUCCGUCGGAAAGGAGGAGAGAGAUAAAGACAGGGAUUCUCUGGAGCGAAACCGCCAUUCCAACCGGUCGUCUCCCGCCACCGCACCAGUCAGCUACCAGAUCAGCAGCCUGAUCCGUGGCAGCAGCCAGAGCUCGGGAGAAGUGGUGCGCCAUGCGGUGGCGGAACGUGAGAAGGAGGGAGUGGAGCGGCAGCGGGACGCCGUCGUGCCCCCUGAUGUCAAGGUGAAGGAGAGCCGCUCGCCAGGCCGUGAGGUGCAGGAGCGCAGAGCCCCAGAUGACCCAUGCAGGCCGGUGCGACGCUCUCCCUCGCCAUACUUGAAGGCCACACCCACGGAGCCCGUGGCGAAGGGCCCCGGGGCCCUCUCCAGGGAGAUGGAGCGCAAGGAGACGCCGGCUGGGGACACGGGGCCCCUGCGGGUUCGAAAUGACAUGAAGAUCAAAGAGGAGCGCAAGGAAGAGCAGGAGGUGCUGGUGGUGGGCUCCGAGCCGGCAACACAGCCCCCCACCGCCCCCCUGCCUCCACCUCUGGGCCCCCAUCACCAUCCAGCGCACCCUUCGCUGGUGCAGCAGCAGCCUCUGCCGCCACAGGUCCCCUCCCGCUGCGCGGAGCUCCCGGCGGCAGCAGCACUUCACGGCGUGGCCCUCCCCCACUCGCUGCCCCUGCCGGUGAGUGCCAUGCACCAAAUGGGCGGCCUGGGCAUGCUGGAUCGCUCGCGAGUGGCCCCCUUCGUGGGCGUCAGCCCCCUGGCAGGAACCCGUGAGCGCCUGCCCCACCCCGCCUUCCCCUGGGACCCCCUGGCUUACCGCAGCCUGGACCUACAGCGCCGCGUUGACCUACAGCUGCGGGCCGAGGCGGGGCCCCGUUUCGGCCCAUAUGACACCGAGCGGCCGUACCGCGAUCGCGAGCCGCUGGACUACGCCCACCACGAGCUGCUGGAGGUGCGGCGUGAGCACGAGCGCCUCCGGCAGGCCGAGGAGCGGGAACGCAUGCACCUGCGCGAGGAGCUGGAUCGUGCCCGGCUGCACCAGCUGCACCAGUCUCCCAUGGAGGGCCACCUGCCCCACAUGCCGCCCUUCGUGUCCCACCUGGGGAGCCUGCACUACCCCCGGCUCAGCCCGUCCACAGGACACGCCGGCCUCCUGAACCGGACGCCCCCCACCGCCGCGCUCAGCGCCCCCCCUCCGCUUGUGCCCGCCGGCACAGGCCGCCCCAGCUCCCCGAGAAGGACUACGCCCCUCACAAGCCAAGACCCCCGAGACUACUCCCCCACGCGAAAUCCCAAAGAGGUGGAGGCACGGUAGCUGCCCCCUUCCCCACGGACGCAAACCCUCCCUCUCCCUCUGUUACGGCUUCUGACGACGGCGUUUCCCUUUGGUGGGCCCCGCCGCGCCCUUUGGUGGGCCCCGCCGCGCCCCUAAAGCACAUGACAGUGUUGAUGUCGUAGAUGUUGUCCCUCUUGCUGUUGUUGUUUUUUGUCGUUGUUGUUGUUCUACGAAACAGGGGAGCUGGAUGGCCAGGAAGGAGACGGACCACAGAUCGGUGUGUGUGUCUUUGGCCACUUCAAUUUUAAUAUUUAUAUAUUAAUCGCCGCUCCAUCCCCCACUUCUCACAUGCAUUGAGAGGUUGAAGUCUGUACAUUUGCAGUCAAUUUCUUCCCAUGUAUAGAAGUUGUUUGUUAAUUUUAUUUUUCGGCGGUAUUCUCUCGUUUCUAAUUUUAUUCCUCAAAAGUUUAUUUAUCCCAUUUUGGCUGUGAGCUUUGUAAGGCCUGCCAUCCUUAGGGGAUUUUAAUUGAGCAUUUUGGAAUCUUAUUUUACCAUAUUUGGUACUUGGAAUUACUUAAACGACAAUGUACAAAGUUACAUUUUUGUUUCGCCCUGAUAUGAUAUGCAGACAGAUAUGUAUGAAAUGGCCUCCUGUUUUUCAUUUCUGUAAAGAAAAUAAAUGUAAAUAUCUUGUUGAUAUUCCUUGGGACAAAUAUACAAUGUAAAUUUAUUAGGCUUUUUAAAUGUUUCUAGAAAAAAUAAAACGAAAAAAAAAACCUGAAAUGGAACCAACUUCCCAUUUGAAACCAUGGUUACGGACAGAAGGCUGGAACAGCGAGCGGCUGACGUGUCCGUGAUCUAUGCAAGGGCCCUGGGAGACCCUGAUGGUGGAGCGGCCGAGAUUCCCACGUGCCGCCUUUCCCCCAGAUAGACGGAAUUAUGUCGCUUUUUUUAUUUAAAAGAGGCAAGACUUGGGAUGAAGGGUGAAUCACACCAGGGGAGGGAAUGAAGAGCAAGCAGGACCUGAACUGUCUGUCCGCCCUGUGCCAUUGUUGGUGUUUUUCUUAGAAUCUUGUACACAGAAAAAGUAGAGUUUUAGGCGGGGGGGACGAAAAUUCAUGGUUUAAAGAAGUAUUAAAUAAAAGUUCAAAUCUAA